AUGUACAUAUACAGACAACGGAGCCGUUCGUACGAGUCGGACGAACACGAGCGGGGUGCUUGUGAAUGGUGUGAAUAUGCCUUAAUCAUCACGCUCGCUACAAUUCUCUUGAUUGGAGUGUCGGCUCUCACUAUCUUUUGGACCUUCUUCUAUAGAGAGGGCUAUGGCUGGGCCGAUGACCUCCCCGAGAAGCAGUUCAACCUUCAUCCAACGCUUAUGGUUGCCGGCUUUAUCACGUUUAGUGGAUUCUCGGUACUUCUCUACCGUAUCUGCCGGUGCUUCAGACGCAUAUACGUGAAACUGCUUCACGCUAUAUUUCACGCGUUGGCGUUCCCUUGCAUCGUCAUCGGCUUCCUUGCGGUCCUCGACUUCCACAAUAAAAAGGGCAUCAAUAACUUCUACUCUCUUCACAGCUGGAUCGGUUUAGUUGCUAUGGGACUCUUCGGGAUUCAGUAUGCGGUCGGUUUCUUCAGUUUCCUUCUGUUAUUGAUCUGUAACAAGGGAACGGCCAAUUUCCGCGCCUCGUUGGUACCUAUUCACGCUGCAUUUGGUAUUCUGACCUUUGUACUCGGGGCCAGCGCUUGCCUCACUGGACUUACUGAAAAAGCUCUCUUUACCCUUGGCCCGGAACGGUACAGCGGUCUCCCGGACGAGGGGGUGAUCCUGAACGCGAUCGGCGUCACCAUCGUUGCCAUUCUGGCGGUCGUCAUAUACAUCCUAUCUAGGAACAAAUUCAAAGCGGAAGCUCGUGAUAUAAGAGCUUCCGUUGACUUGAGCGAGACGUACGCCGCGAUGGGCACCGAGGCGAUAGUCAUAAACGCCAUCGGCAUGUCGGUGGUGGCGGUGCUCGCGGUGGUGCUGUACACUGUGCGCGGUACCGGCGGCGCGCGCCCGCGCAAGGCCGCGCACAACCCCAGC